GUUCUAGCAAUUCUGUUCUGCCAGUUGUUUUUUUAGGUUCGCAUUAAAGUAUGGAGUCGCUCAUUCUAGCAGAAGAAGUAGCUUUAUCAUCGUCACAAUGUUAUAUCGCUGGCUGUGGCGUGUUCUGCUAGGCUUAGCGGGUCUUCGGAAAAAUGGCCGCCUCAGUCAGACACGCUGGAAUGAGAUGACGUCCUCUAGUGGCGGGACAUGUACCCGCGCCUUCUAAGGUGCUGUGACGACGAAGAAGAAGGGUGUUGGUGGAUGAGAAAUACAAUGUCACGUUCAAAUAUUGUUCUACCACCUUACCCUGUCCAGCUUGGAUCAAUAAAAUUUGACUCCUGUGAAAAACGGCUUCAUGAAUAUGUAAAAAGUGGGAACUAUGUCAAAGCUAAACAAAUGCUUAAGAAAGGAAUCCUACCUGAUUCAGUAAAUUCUCUUGGACAAACGCCAUUGUUUGUUGCUGCAUUACUUGGGCUCCAAAAGAUAGUUGAUUUACUCUUGGAAUAUGGAUCCAAUCCAAACCAGCGCUGUUUUGAUUGGAGCACCCCUGUCCAUGCAGCAGCAUUUUCCUGUAACCAGUGGAUUAUGAGCCAGCUUAUUGAUGCAGGAGGAGAUUUACGACUUCAUGAUGAAAUGUCCAGAAGACCAUAUGACUGGGCCAUUAUGGCAGGAAGAGAUCAACAUGCUCAGAUGCUGGAGUUCAUUGAUCAAUGCUCUGCACAUAUGCAUGUUUUGAUCCAUGGCUUUAAUUGCAAAUCCAAAAAUAUUAUUUCAUCACAAGAACUCAUAAAUAGUUCAUCUCUGAUUGGACGUCUUUCACCAAGAAAAGUUGUUAAAUCUCUCGCAAAAGACCAUAAGUGUAAAAGUAUUUCAAUAAAGAGAAUGUGUAGCUUUGGAUAUGGAGAGCUUUUCUUAAUAGACAGACAGGUUGGCUUUAUAGCAACAGUUCCUUUAAUUGAAGAUAAAAGUGUUGUACAGGAUGACUGCAAGCCUGCUUUCUGCUUUGCUGCUGGACCGUAUACGACAAUGACAAAUUUGAUGUGGGGGUGUACAGAAGUUACAGUAAAGGGCCUCAAAGUGAUGACUCAUGAAAACUGCAGUAAGGAGCGCUUUGCUGAUCUUCUUAUAGAGGAACAGAAAAAUAUCAGUAAUCUACACCAUCCUUUUAUUCUCCAUCUAUUAGCUGUGUGCACCUCAUCCACUCUGGAGAGAACAAGCCUUGUAUUUGAGAGGAUCAAUUUUGGUUCCUUAUACCACAUUUUACAUGAAAAGCGCUCAGAGUGCCCAAUAUUGCCAAUGGAAACUAUAUUGAACCUACUACUUCAAGCAAUUGAUGCCCUCAUGUUCCUUCACUGGCGUGGUUUUGUUCACUGCUCCUUUUCCUCGCAUGCCAUACAGGUUGUAUCUGCAGGGCAGGCAAAGAUAAGCCACUUUGAAUACAUGAUACAAAGCAAUGAUGGCAGAACACACAAUGAGGUUGCGUGUUUCCCUAUUCCUGAUCAGCUGUAUCGCUGGUCAUCUCCAGAAAUAAUUUUACGAAACAGUGUGACUAUGAAGUCUGAUCUGUACAGCUUUUGUGCAGUCAUGCAGGAAAGUUUAACAGACUGUCUUCCAUGGGAUGGACUGGAUGCCCCAGCUAUUAAGCAUGCAAUGGUUUCAGGUCGUUACUUGGAAGCUGAUCCAAGGCUCUUUAAGCCUUUUGAUACAAUUACAUGUACAGGUCUACAGGCCAGGCCUAAACAAAGAACGAUCAAUCUGCAGGACAUCAAAUACCUAAUUAAGAAUGAUUUCAAGGAUGCAGCUGAUAGACCGACACACAUUUUAAGGAGUGUUAAUACAGAGAGACUAGGAGAUAAUAGUAUACAGCAUGCACAGCAACCAUGUCCCGGUGAGUUGGAAACAGAAACCAUGUAUAAAAUAGCAGAAAAGGCAGAUACAGAAGACAAUUACACAUGGUUACCAGAGAAUAAAAGUCUCAGUAGUACUGAAGAUUUUGAAAAGCAAGAUUUUAUCAACUCAUCAUCAUCAUCAUCAUCAUCACAACACUAUGCAUAUGAGACAAGUUUAAAUUCAGAUUUAGAGGAAGACACUGAUUAUGAGAGCUCAGAACCAGAUGCCACAUGUCAGAUUGCAUCACAAAGAAUUGAGGAUGGAUUGACUUCCAUCCUGGCUCAUCAAAAAUCUACUUUGAACAAUCUUUUGUACAUUCAGGAGUUUAUUCCAAUGUCUAUAAUGGCUCUUCAUGAUGGAGAAACAUUUCAACAGCCUGAAAAUGUCCAGACAAGGGAAACGGCAAAGUGUUUUCCUCACACAAGUACAGAUGAGGUAGAUGGUACAGUACCACAAUGUUCAAGUAAAUUUUACGCUGGAUGCUCUGCUGUUGCCCCACCUCAAUUGCAUUAUGUGCCCCCUGACAUUGCUUCAGAUUCUAGAAAUGUGUUUGUUGAAGCGCAGAAGGCCCCACCAAUAACACAGAGUGAGUGCUUUGGAGGAACUCGGAGAAAGACCAUAAAGAAAAAUGGGAAGACUCCUCAAAAUCCAGUAACCACUCAGAUUUACACUUGCGUAGCUUCAAAUAUGUCUGGAAACUCUGAAUCUGAAGAUGAUGCUCUUUUUGGAAAACGAUAUGACACAAAGGGAAGUUCCACUCAGCAGUUACCAACAAUUUCAUUUAAUGGGCAUAGAAAAGCAUCAGACUGGUCUUUACAGUCAAGCAGAACGUUUCCACAUAGCAAGCAGAUGGGUGAAUGUGCCAGUAAUAAUGAAAGAGGAAAGAAUCUUCAAGGAUCUUUCAUAGUGUGCAGACAGGAGGACAAAGAUGGCAAACUGGAGAAAUUGUGUCACGUUGCAGCUAGAAGAUGCCCUUCUCCAGUAGAUGAGGAAUCCUGUGCUACCGUAACAGAAAUUAUUCCACCUGCACAGGAUACUUUUAAGGAUACAGAUGACAGCUCAGAGACCAGUUAUUUUACACCAGAACUUGAAUUGUCUGUUGAGAAUUCUCAAGAAAAGCAUUCAAAUUCUAGAGGACAAGAUACACCAGAGCAAAGCUCAUCAGACCACAGCGAAAGUAGUAUACUCACUACAGAAGAAAGAAACCAGACUGUAUGUUAUGCCAGGAACAGGACAUUUGAAAAGGAUAUGCCAAUUGUGACAACAUUUAGUUUGUCACCAGAUUCAAGAUCAAUUAUUGAUGUAGAGGGGCUAUCAACCAUUUUGUUGGACCUUAAAAGCCCUGCAAAGCACUUCACUCCCUCCAAAUCCAUAGAGGCUUCAACUAGACACAGCACUCCAGUCAACCAAGCUACGUGUUCCAAAAUAAGACCACUACAAAAAGAGAAAAGUCUUGAAACAUCUUGUUGGGAAAGCUUGAAAUCAUAUAAAUCUACCAAAUCCUCUGUGACAUUUUUGUCUGCAGAAUAUGACGAUAAUUUUGUGGAUCAGCUUCAGGAAAAGGUAACAGAUGUACAGGAGACUUUCAUCAAGAACCAAGGAUUAGUUUGUAUUGUAGGUUCUUUGGAAAAUUCAGAAGGCAAUAAUUUACUAAGUAAAACAGAUUGUGAAUGCCAAAAUAUGGAUAUCUCUUCUCUUUCAAGUGAGAACGAAAAGACCAACAAUUGUGGGUAAACCGAUAAGCAGAAUUGAUGUGCCAAGUAAAGCUAGAUAACUGGCCCCUUUCUUUCUAUUUAAUAAUUUGUUCUAUGUUCAAAUGACAUAAGAAUGUUUGUCAAAAGGUUAUUAGUGGUUUGACGUCACGUGAUGCAUUUUGUUCAUACUGUUAAAAAGUUAAUAAAAAACUGUUUGUUGCA